GUGCAAGUGAAAGCGUGGGAAAGCACAUGCUUGAAGCCUGCAACAACAACCUGGAGAUGGCAGUCACCAUGUUCCUGGAUGGGGGAGGAAUCGCUGAAGAGCCCAGUACCAGUUCUGCGAGUGUCUCCACAGUUAGACCACACACGGAAGAAGAAGUUCGUGCCCCAAUUCCUCAGAAGCAAGAAAUAUUGGUGGAACCAGAGCCUUUGUUUGGUGCUCCCAAAAGACGACGGCCUGCACGUUCAAUAUUUGAUGGUUUCCGAGAUUUUCAGACUGAAACUAUUCGGCAAGAGCAGGAACUAAGAAAUGGCGGAGCAAUAGAUAAGAAACUAACUACCCUUGCAGACCUGUUCCGGCCACCCAUUGACUUGAUGCAUAAAGGCAGCUUUGAAACAGCCAAAGAAUGUGGCCAGAUGCAGAAUAAGUGGCUGAUGAUAAAUAUUCAAAAUGUGCAAGAUUUUGCGUGCCAGUGCCUCAACCGUGACGUAUGGAGCAAUGAAGCUGUGAAAAACAUUAUUCGAGAACAUUUCAUUUUCUGGCAGGUUUAUCACGACAGUGAGGAAGGUCAGAGAUACAUACAAUUUUAUAAGUUAGGGGACUUCCCCUAUGUCUCCAUCUUGGACCCACGAACAGGUCAGAAGUUAGUAGAGUGGCACCAAUUAGAUGUAUCUUCUUUCUUGGACCAAGUGACAGGAUUUCUGGGUGAACAUGGGCAGCUAGAUGGACUCUCUAGCAGUCCUCCCAAAAAAUGUGCCCGAUCAGAGAGCCUGAUAGAUGCAAGUGAGGACAGCCAGCUAGAAGCAGCCAUCAGGGCCUCCCUGCAGGAGACGCAUUUCGACUCCACACAGACCAAGCAGGACAGCCGCUCAGAUGAAGAGUCUGAAUCUGAACUUUUUUCUGGCAGUGAGGAGUUCAUCUCCAUUUGUGGCUCCGAUGAAGAAGAAGAGGUAGAGAAUCUUGCCAAAUCUAGGAAGUCUCCCCACAAAGAUUUGGGGCAUAGGAAGGAAGAGAACAGGAGGUCACUGACAGAGCCCUCCACCAGAACUGAGCCUGGGAUAGCCACAAAUCACCAGGGAUUGCCAGCUUUGGACCCAGAGGUCUUGGAGAUGUCACCUGAAAAGUCAGAUGGAGCUGUGGAGGGCGCAGAUGUAAAUGGACCAAAAGCACAACUGAUGUUGCGGUACCCAGAUGGCAAAAGGGAACAGAUCACUCUUCCGGAACAAGCUAAGCUGCUAGCUUUAGUGAAGCACGUCCAGUCAAAAGGAUAUCCAAAUGAACGUUUUGAACUUCUCACCAACUUCCCUCGGAGGAAACUCUCCCAUCUGGACUAUGACAUUACAUUACAGGAGGCGGGCCUUUGUCCUCAAGAGACUGUCUUUGUACAGGAGAGAAAUUAGCACCUUGGCCUGACCUCUCGGCUUUCCCCUUCCCCUUACUGGUGAUACACCAUAUCACUAAGUAUGCAUUUUGGCUCAUAGGACAAGAGCGCUAAAGUUGGGCAAGCAAGUCACCUGCCUUCUCUUUAUUUCUUGUUCUCGUCUAGAAUUAGUCUCCUCUCCCCUCCCUUCCCUCUCCUAACCUCCUAUUUUUCCCAUGUUCUUUAUUUCUUACUAAUCUGGUGACCAAAUGGAAGUGUAAGGAUAAGAUCUCUCCUAGUAUUAGCAGCAGGAAAUGUGUGUUCUGAUAAGUGAUCUCUUGCACAGCAUUUUUUCAGGGUCAGAUGGUAUUCUCAGACUCCUUCGACAAAUAAUGUGUAGAUUCAGAAUAAGAACAACCUCCCUUUUUAACGAGCCCCCAUUUUUAGUAGGGAGAAGAAUUUUGAACACAUUUUUGUUGUUCUUCAUGUAGGAAACACGAAGUAACAAAAUACCCAAGCUUCUGUUUACAUGGAAAUAACAUUGUUUAUAUUAUUGCUCAUCAUAUGUGAAAAAAAAAAAAGGUUUUUUACAAAAGAUUCCCAUCUUCUCAGCUACACUUUAUUUCCAUGCUGUGUGUUAUUGGCAGAAUGAGUAUUCAGUGUACGGUGUGUAACAUGGGGUGGCUUUCAGUGUCCUAGCCUGACAUGACAUCAUGAUUAUGCUGUUAGUUCUAUUGAUCCUGCUAGUCAUAGAGUGGACAUAAUUUAGUGAGCAUAUUGUGGUGUUGGAUAGGAAGGUGCUUGCUGUUUUUGCCAGUAGAGCAUAUUUGUUCUUUGGCUCCUCCAUUGUCUGGGCCCAUGGUGAGCUGUAGAAGGCAGCUCUUCAGUAAUCAUGCAGUAUAAUGGCUUGUAACGUAACCACUGUGGUUAUUGAUUGUCCUAUGUGCUCAAGGCAUACUUACGUAUGUCCCCGGGGGAAAGAAAAACAUACAGCUGAGAGUUGCUAACCAUGUUCCCUUGGUUAGAAAUGAUUCUUUUUUUAACCCCUGGUUGGAGUAGUUUCUAAAAGGCUCUGGUAACUGACCUUAAUUCCUCAUGCUAUUUUCCCGAGAAGGUGUCAAAACUGAAAAUCUCUUAAGGGGAAGACCUUUAAACUCAGUUCAUAAGACAACUUUAUUAAAGGGGGUAUUGGAGGUUGCAGUAAUCUUCACAUGAUGUGGCUUUUUUUGCCAAGAAAAGCCACAUACAGAUUGUAGCUGGUGAAAGCUUCUUUCAAUGUUAUUUUAAGAAACCACCUUGGGUCUGUAUAAUACUGUUGGCUUAUGAGCUUCACUGUGUGCUCACUUCUUACUUGAGCUUUAAAUAGAGUCCUCUGGUAGGGGAGUAGUGAUCUGGAGGUGAGAUCAGAAAUUAACUUACACCACUUUUUGUCAGUUGGGGACUUUAGUUGAUUCUUCCUUCCAUGGGAGGAACAUAAAUUGCUGUUGCUCAGAGACCUUUAGGUUGCUAUUGACUUGAAGACCGUUUUCUUGGCAACCAGGGGAUUAAAAAAAAAUGAUGCUGUGUGUUGCUAGUCCACAAUUAUAGAACAUGGUUUGUAAUGGUUGGAUUUUUAGGGACCCUCCCUGAAGAAUGAGUUAUGUAUCUCCUUGAGGAAAUCAUGGAAAAUUCUGUUAUUCUUCAGUGAGUCCUUUUGAAUUAAUGUUCUUACAUUUGUUUUCUAAGUCUGUGUAAGUGCUUAUGUAUAAGUAUAUAAUUGUAUAAAUAUUUAUAAAUAUAUUUAUAUAAUUACAAUUUCAUUUAUAUCUUGAGUCAGAGUUCUCUCUGUAGAUUGGUGACUGAGUAAUACCACUUGGGUGUUUUUCAUAGGCUCUUAAGGCUUAACUAGCAGCUUCUGAUCUGUUGUAUCUCUGAACUUGGAUGAUAUACUUGCUGUUUGAGGGUAGAGCUGUCCACUGUCAAAAGUACGCUGGAGGUUACAAAAACCUGGUGGUGGUCCAGGCCAGAUCUAAAACCCGAGGCCACGUGGGUAAGAAGUGAUGGUCUGUGCGGCUGUGCUGUGAGGCACCUGUCUUCACUCCCAGCACGCUCGCAGCUGAAGCCCAGAUUGGUCCAAACUGUGAAGUCCAGAAUAUUCGCUCUAGGACUCUGCUGCAUCCUCUUCCUGCCAGCUUUUCUUUCUGAGCCGCACCUUGGCAGCCUGCAGCAGCAUGUUCAUAAAGGAGAGGACAUAGCACUAGCGUGCCCAUUUAUGAGACACCAAAGUAACUUUCCAACUUGGGUUAGCAUGAGAUGACCCAAGUGUAUGUGUGAUUUAAGUAAGGGACAGAGUGAUACAUUCACCCGGCUUAGAUGCAGUCGGCACGUUUAGAGGACAAGAUGUACAGGAUUUGAUUGUGUGUUGAGGCAGGCGUGCAGUUAUCGCGGGGUUGGUAGGCCCUUGCGGGGAGCUGUGGCUUUUACUCCAGAAGACCAGCUCUGGAGUGUUGCCUUGCUGAAGAACCUCAUCUGCUUAGGGAGGGCGCUUACUCCCAUUUGUAUGCUUCCUCUGCGGGUUCCUUUGCUCUCUGGAGGAAAGGUCUGAUCGAAGAAUUAAAUGAAGUCAGCAAGGUUCAUAGUCAUUCCCCCUCUAGGUUUUUAAAAGAGAGUUUCAAAGGUCAGGAGGGAAGGAACAAGGUAGGCUUUGAGAGUAACAGAAAUACCAUGGAGGGGGUGGAAUGAAAACUAGUGAGGAAAAAGAGGAGUGCACUUGGGUUGGACUUAGGAAGAGCUCAGAGAAGAGAGCAGCACGCGGCGCCCAAGGGGGGAAUGGGGAGCGCGCUGUGAGUACAGGCACGUGCUGUGCGCUCCGUACCCCCUAGAAAUCUCCUGCAGACUCCCGCAUAUGGCUGGCCCUCCUUUAAUAAGCCAGGAGGAAAACUGACGGUCAGAGAACGUGGUCAGGACGCCCAGCCAGUAAGCGGCGCGUCGUAGUUGGAAGGCAGAGCCCUGCCUCCCGCUCCCGGCUGUGCCUGUCCGCGCCCAGGGAGUCCAUUUGCCCAAAGGUCCACUUUGUAAGUUCACAUUUGAUUUUGUUUCCUUAAAGCUAGGGGGAGUAGUUGAGGGAAAGCUUGUGGAGUUUGCACUGUGCCUAUAGUCUUAUUUAUGCCAUUGUUUUGAGAGGCUAAUUAUUAAUUGCUUUUUUUAAAUGAUGCACUGAUGAAAAUGUGAAAAUAACUAUGCGACAUUAUUUGCCAAGACUAAAUCUUAAGGAUAAAAAAGAACUUUAUCUCUUCUUAACUGUUUUUUAGAAAAUAUGUAAUAAUUCUUUCCUGUGUCCCAUCCAUGCUAGGUCUUUGAACCUUCCCUGUAUGUUUUAAAAUCUUCUAUAAAAUUUUACUUCUUGACUGUAUAAGACAAAGUCACUUACUGAGUUCUGAAUCAAAAUUGGAAAUAUUUGAAGUCUUAAGAACUGAUUCUUGACUGUUUUAUCUAGCUAGGCAGAUGGACUACAUAUGAGAUGAUUGAAAAACAUGUAAUGGUUUGCUUUUCUGGGCUUGAACUAUAAUUUCAAUAGAAGUUUAGAAAAGGAAAGGAGUAGUGUAGGUUUUAGUUAGGAAAGUCUUCACGAAGAAAUAAGGCUGAAAGGUGAGAAGCACUGUGGCGCAAAUAUUUUUUGAUUCAUCUCAUGCUUUAGCUCCAUCUGUUGUAAUUACUGGCUUAAAGCAUGAAGUUUUAUCAGUAAGGUGGACAACCAGUACCCAAGUAGGAAAGGAUUGUUGUUUCAAUCCCUACCGCUAAAGAUCCUUAGCAAGCAGGGAUGUCGACGCUGAGAGGAAUCCUGGGGGGAGCCACUAGGAACUGGGAAAUGAAGGAAGGGUUUAGCUUACCUGCCUGGGUACAAAUGAAGUGUCUGGUGUGGAUGAUGUGCAGGAAGGGACUGUAGUAGGGCAAGCGCUGCUACUAAGGAGCUGUUACUUUGUCGCGUCUCUUCCUACCUCCGAGCCUUGGUUCCCCAUCCCAUACUGAGAACAGUAGAUUAGAUGGAUAGUUAAUAGUCUUCGCAAGUAGAAGGACUUACACUUCUAAGUUUGCCACGGGUGGGGAACUGUGGGGCUGACUGUUAAAUGUAAUCAAUUCCAUAUAGAACAUGUAAAUGUGCACCUGGAGUUUCGGAGCCCUGGCAGACACUUAAGGACUCCACACACACUGUAGACCGCUGAUUACAUGAUCUCUGAAGUCCUUUUCCAUUCCACGUUUUGGUGUCUAGUCUAUCCCCUUUAUUAUAUAUUACCCUUAGGCUAAUUAAAAACGUUCUUGUUAAUCA